CCUAAUAAGCCGCGCCCCCUUCCUCCCCCAGGAUCUACUACCGGUUAACGUUAGUGGUGCCGCCGCGGAUGUGAUGCAACCAGCAGAAAGGAUAUUUACUCAACUUCUCGUGACAAGUUUAGAUUUUUCACUACAAAGCCCCGUCCACUGGGCCUCCCUAUGUACUUAAUUUAAAGCGCUGGGUGCCAGCGGAGUCGCACCACCUCUACCUUCGUGUUGACUGGAUCUAUCUUUAAAUGGCCACCGCUGCCCCCCCACCAACCUCUGGCUCUACUCCGGCGACUGAAAACCAGAGUGCCGGAUCCAGCAGCUCCACUGCGACCGACGGUGGCAACCAGGACAGCACUUUCGAGUGUAACAUAUGUCUGGACACCGCCAAGGAUGCAGUGAUCAGCCUGUGUGGACACCUCUUCUGUUGGCCCUGCUUGCAUCAGUGGUUGGAGACCAGACCUAACAGACAAGUGUGUCCAGUGUGUAAAGCUGGCAUCAGCCGAGACAAAGUUAUCCCCUUAUAUGGACGGGGAAGCACAGGUCAACAAGACCCCAGAGAAAGAACGCCUCCUCGACCACAAGGGCAAAGGCCUGAGCCAGAAAACCGUGGUGGCUUUCAAGGGUUUGGCUUUGGAGAUGGGGGUUUCCAAAUGUCCUUUGGAAUCGGUGCCUUUCCAUUUGGUAUUUUUGCUACAGCUUUUAACAUCAAUGAUGGAAGACCUCCUCCAGCGGCUCCUGGGACACCGCAGCACAUGGAUGAACAGUUUCUGUCUCGACUCUUCCUGUUUGCCGCUCUGGUCAUUAUGUUUUGGCUGCUGAUUGCAUAAAUCCAUGGAAAGACAUGUUGGGGUAACCCAAAAGAUUUGACAGAGAUGCGACAUUAUAGCACAUCAUCACAGUUUGCACCAAUGUGACUCUACCUUUUUGUUUCUGUCGCCUUGACACAAAGCCAUGCGAGUUUUGAAUGAAGCAGGUUUUUCCAAUUGAAAAGAUCUGUAAAAACAAAUUUCAAGGUGAACCAACUAACCUUGGUCACCUAAUGUUUUAACACAUUAACACAGUUACGUAGUGUGCUUGUAAACCAGCACACCAAAAUGGUAACAGCUUCAAACUUCAUGCUGCUUGAUGCAACUCUUUGUUUUUUAAUCAGACGCAUACAGGAGGGUGUUCAGGUGAGAGAAACUGGAGAACAUUCUCGGUGCUCAUUCACUAUGCAUUUUAAUUUAAUUAGUUACCACCAGUGCCCUGUGCUCAUUUACUGGGAUUUUCACUCACACUACCAAUCCCAUGUGUUUUUAUAUGGUCAUUUCAGCGUAUAAUUGGCCCGUUAGUCUACUUGAUCCCUAUAAACUAUUAGGGUUGCUGUUAUUGGAAAUUAGUUUGAGGCAGUUGGCCCUACUCGUGACUGGUCAAAGCAAGAAAAGCACAGGUGUUACCAAUAACAUUAACAAUGGAUCUGUUCUAUUAAAGUUUCCCAAUAAGGCAUGACAGUGAGCCAGCAUGCAUUUUAUUAUUUACACCUGUGCUUUUCCUGCUGGGACAUGUCAACAUUUCUUCCACGAAAAAGGCCUAUUCGUACAGGCCUUGCUGAAAAAAAUAGUACUGUCUCUCUGUUCACUCAUGAACUAAGAAUGCUGGGCUUUGUUUUUUUCGAGCUGUACCUGAUGUUACAAUUUAUGCAUCUCAUCGGCAAUAUUUUCAACAUCAGACGUCAAACAUUGUCUCUUUAUUUUAGAUGACAUUUAAAAAAAUGUGUUGUGAGCAAUUGAUAGAUUAAUUUAUGAAAACAGUGUUCCUCUCCAUCGGUCUCUUUUUCCUCUCGGUUUUCUGUAUGUCACUGUAAUUAAAUGUAAAAUAUUGUAAUUACAGAUUUAAAAAUGAUUGAUCCGUUGAACAUAAAACUACUUUUUUAAAAUGUGAAUUUCCUCUACUGACAGUAAAGCUGUGUAAAUAAAGAUGUUAAUCAGU